UCCCAUGAACUGGAUGUGUCAUUAUUCACUAAGAAAAAAAUGGACGAAGAAUUUCGACUUGCAAUGAUUUCAACGGUUUUACUUGCCAUUUCGUGGCUAUUUUAUGAUCUUUUCAAAACCUGGUAUACAAUAUUACGCAGUGACAUAAAGUGUGAUUUCGGAAUUCCCCCGUUUGGUUCGCAUUGGCGUGAAAUUUUCAAUAUUGAAUCAUGGCACAGCACAUUAAAACGAUUGUAUUAUAAGUAUCCAAAUGAACGAUUCGUGGUGUUGCAAGGUAUUGGCGGUCGUCCAGAGUUUUUGAUUCGCGAUCCAGAAUUGCUUCGUCAAAUAGCGAUAAGAGAUUUUAGCUCGUUUGUGAAUCGAAUCAAUGAUAUUCAUCCUGGGACGGACUCAAUGCUUGGCAAUCAAUUGACGAAUUUAAAAACGGAUGAAUGGCGUCGCAUCCGAAAUGUGCUCACUCCACUGUUAAGCGGUCAAAAGUUGAAACAAAUCGUGAUCCCUUCGUUGAAUGAAAAUAAACGUGAAUUGAUAGAAUAUUUAAAAGACGAAAUAGAGAAAGUGAACAACCAAGAGAUGAUCGUUGACAUGAUGGAUUUAAGUACACGUUCUUGUGUUGAUGGAUUCUGUUUGACGGCAUUUGGUCUGAAAACCGACUCACUUCGUCCAAAUGGAAACGAAUACGGAUUUUUGGAGUGUUCAAAAAAAUAUAUGGAAUAUGAAGGUACAUUGAAUCGAGCUGUAUUCUGGGCAGUCGUUUGGUUUCCACGCAUCAUGAAAUUUCUAUUCGGAAAAACUUUCAUGCACCCGAAAGAUCAGGAAUUUUUCACAAAAUCAUGCAUUGAAAUUGCUGACAAACGCAUCGAAAACAAAAUCAAUCGUAACGAUUACAUUCAAUUGCUUCAAGUUAUACGUGAUAAAAAAAGUGAUAACGUGCCAACAAAUUACGAUGAUGUUGAGCUGAUAUCACAAUGCUUUGAAUUUUUUGAAUCUGUCAUCCUUGAAAAUAAUCUUUUGACAACGUUUUUGGCACAACAGCUUGCUGAAAAUUCCGUUAUUCAAGAGCGAUUGCACAAAGAAAUGGUCGAGGUAAAGGCACGAAUUGGUGACAAUGAUCUUAAUUAUGAACUCUUGAAUGACAUGAAGUACGCUAAGAUGGUAAUCGAAGAAGGAUUGAGAAUGUGUUCAAUUGCCCCAGAGCUUAAGCGUCGUGCUACCAAAUCGUAUGUACUUGAAAAUAUUAACGGCGAAAAAAUUCCAGUUAAACCUGGUGACGGAGUGUGGCUUCCAGCAUUCAUUUUGCAAAAUGAUCCAAAAUACUAUCCAAAUCCAUCUGUGUUCGAUCCCAACCGAUACAGUGACGAAAAUCGAAAAGCUCAUGUUCCCGGAACAUUUGGCGCAUUCGGUAUUGGACCACGUGAUUGCGUCGGAUGCUUAUAUGUGAUGGUAGAAUUGAAAAUAACGCUUUAUCAUUUGGUACUGAACUUUAUAUUCGAACGCGGGGGAGACAACAAUUCCAUUAAACUCAAACGAAGAAAAUAGAUAGACGGCCUUCAAUUUGAUCUUAUGAUAUCACAUAUGUUUGUAACUGGAAAAAAACAUGUAAAAAUAUUGAAUAAAAAAUGUGUAAGAUAUUUAUUAAAUGGAAAAUACAUUCUGAAACUCAUUCAUUUUGGAUUAA